GCGGUCCACAGUAGUCCGCCUAUAGACCCCUCCCAGACAUCAGUAAGGAGAAGAAGUUCAGUCAGGAGGAAGAUCUCACAAGCAGAGUCUUCAUCCAUGCUGACACUCUGACGUCCAAUUCACAUCGAGCCCGAGAAAAAAAAAUGAGGGCUUUUAUUUUGACGGUCUCCUGGCUGCUGACGCUCGCCUUGGCGGAGGCCAUCCACGGACUGUACAACUUCGGCCAGCACGACUUCUUCCCCAGGAAGAACAACUGCAAAGCCAUCCCGGCCAACCUGCUGCUGUGCCGCGACAUCGAGUACGCCGACAUGCGGCUGCCCAACCUGCUGGGACACGAAACCAUGAGCGAGGUCCUGCAGCAGGCGUCCUCCUGGAUCCCGCUGGUGCAGAAGCAGUGCCACCCGGACACCAGGAAGUUCCUGUGCUCGCUCUUCGCCCCGGUGUGCCUGGACGACCUGGACGAGCCCAUCCAGCCAUGCAGGUCCCUCUGCGAGAGCGUCAAGCGCGGCUGCGCGCCCGUCAUGUCCGCCUUCGGGUUCCCGUGGCCCAAAAUGCUGGACUGUGAUCGGUUCCCGCUGGACAACGACCUGUGCAUCCCGCCCGCCGCGCUCGACAACAUGGUGCCCGUCACCAAAGAAGUGCCCAGAGUGUGUGAUGCCUGCAAGGAAAGUGACGACAAUGACAACGAAAUUGUGGACAACCUGUGUAAAAAUGAUUUUGCCCUGAAAAUCAAAGUCAAGGAGAUCUCGUACAUCAACGGCGAUACCAAGAUCGUGCCCGAGAACAAGAGCAAGACCAUCUACAAGCUGAACGGCGUGAGCGAGCGCGAGCUGAGGAAGACGGUGCUGUGGCUGAAGGACGGCCUGCAGUGCGUCUGCGAGGAGAUGAACGACAUCAACGCCGCCUACCUGGUCAUGGGCCAGAAGAUGGACGGCCACCUGGUCAUCACCUCGCUCAAGCGCUGGCAGAAGGGCCAGCGCGAGUUCAAGAGGAUUACGCGCAGUAUUCGCAAGUUGCAGUGCUAAAAAAAAACAAAAAACUUUUAGCCGAGUGGUAGAUUUCAAUUUCCAGCACUGAUCUUUGUUUCUAUCGCCUAGUUAAGAAAAAUCUGACUUUGAUUUGUCACAAUUUGAAAUUGUCAAGUUUUCUCCAUUUAAAUAGUGUACAGCACCGUUAAUUAAAGUACCAGUAGAGUGGAAAAACAAGUUGCCUCUAUAUUGAAGCUCUUAUCAUAUAAAACUGAUUUAUGACACCAAAAGACUUGUAAAGUUUGCGAAUAAAUAGAUAUGAUCAAAAUAGUAUCAAUCUCAUGGAGAUUCCCAAGCCAUUUUGAGAGUUAACGAGGAAGCCAGUAGAGACGUAAAGUUAGCAACCAUAAAUCCGCUUCCCCGUCAACAACAAUACUAAUCAAGCAGACUUUGUGAGAGCCAACAAUUUCUUGGGAAAAUUAUGAUCCGGAACCUUAUAUUUUUGAGCCUGAACACAAAGAGGAUGAGCAAUAAGUUUUAGAAGCCAAGUGCCAAACGGAUGCAGCUUAAUUGAAACGCCAUCGCAUCCGCAGCAUUGCGAGGUGCGAAACAUUCAAACUAACCAGAAUAAAACAAACACUUACUGUACAAUUUCCACUCUCGCUGGGAUGCCAACCGACAGGGUCCUCACAUAAUCCCGUUUAAAUUAAAGUUAAAGAACCAAUGAUUGUCACACACACACACAAUUGUGGUUAAAUUAUUCUUUGCAUUUGACCCACCACCCUUGAUCACCCCCAGGGAGCAGAAGCGAAUAAUUGAUUUUGAAUCGAAUCAUUAGCUUCAAGAAUUGAAUUGUUACCCCAAAGAAUCAAUUCUGAAUCGAAUCGUUACCCCAAGAAUCGAUUCUGAAUCAAAUUGUUCCCCCUAAGAAUCGAAUCGUUACCCCGAAUAAUUGAUUCUAAAUCGAAUCAGUACCUUCAAGAAUCUAAUCGUUACCCCAUAAAUCGAUUCUGAAUUGAAUCGUUACCCCAAGAAAUGAUUAUGAGUCUAAUUGUUCCCCCUAAGAAUCGAAUCGUUACCCCCAAGAAUUGAUUCUGAAUCGAAUCAUUAGCUUCAAGAAUCUAAUCGUUACUCCAAAGAUUUAGAUCUGAAUCAAAUCGUUACCCCAAGAAUCGAUUCUGAAUCGAAUUGUUCCCCCUAAGAAUGGACUCGUUACCCCCAAGAAUUGAUUUUGAAUCGAAUCAUUAGCUUCAAGAAUUGAAUUGUUACCCCAAAGAAUCAGAUCUGAAUCGAAUCGUUACCCCAAGAAUCGAUUCUGAGUCAAAUUGUUCCCCCUAAGAAUCAAAUCGUUACCCCAAAUAAUUGAUUCUAAAUCGCGAUCAGGGAGGGAAUGGGUCACAUUUUUGACUCGGCCGGGGUUUGAACUCACAACCUGCCGAUCUAGAUGAAGAAUCAAUUACAAUCCUUACAAAGGGUUAAAAGAAAGUUGCCGCAACUAGUGUCUUUAUUGCCAUCUCGGGGUAUAUCAAAGUCGACCAGCCUCUCAGUCCAUAGCCACAUUUGUCUACAACCAGGUGAGAGAUGCAUGAAUUAUAAUCUGGAAUUUAUUUUUGGCACGUUUGAGACGAAGCAGAAGCAGCCGCCGGCUUAGUGUGUCAACAAUAGCAGCGUAAGCUAGCAUUACCUCACUGUUAUCAAUGCGGCGCUAAAAUAGUCUGUCUGCGUUAGCACUUAUAAUAACAAUAUCCCUCAUAUUUGGUUCAUUUAGAGGUCACGACAUGUAAAUGAAGUAUUGUUGGUAGUUUCUGGAGGUUUUUAGAGAGAGUAUAAUGGGCGCAAUAGAGGGCCCUCGAUCUGUUGACACAAUUGCUAGCUAUUUAUUUACGUAUUUGUUCUUGUCUUACAUAAGGAUUGUGAAUGAUAAACAGCACAUCUCUUUCCAAUGUUUGCGUAUUUCCAGUUUGACUGAUCUUUUAAUAUGGUUCAGCGUGCGGAAGCAUUCAUCCAGUGACGUAGAAUCUACGGAAAUUGCCGAAAAUACUCGGAGCGGAAUAUUCAAAAUGGUCGACUGAAUUUGUGGCAUUUUGUGAUAUUUAGAUGGUAUUUUCACAUACUUUGCAAACUGUAAGUACAAUUUGAUAUGGUUUAAAGGAUACAGUGAAACACAAUUAAGCGUAUAAAGUCAACUUGUUUUUCCACUCUACUGCUACUUUAAAGUUAAAAGUCACUGUUUUAUGUUAAAAGUUGUUUAGAAAAAUGUGCAGCAGAUGUUUUUGCUAAAAGUUUACAGCUUUACAGAGGUACAUUUUCUUUUAAUGUUCAAACGUAGUCAAUAUUAUUUUGUUCUUCGGCUUAUUAUCACAAAAAAAGCUAAGAAAAUUUAGAGUCGUGUUUUGAUUUUGGUCCUACAUUCUUCAGCGUAUAUUCCUUUACAUUUUUAAGGUGAAACGUGCGAGUUGUUUGAGGUGGGGUUUUUUUUUU